AUGAGGUCGUGCGUCAAGGCGGGGACGGUGAAGCGCGUGGUCCUCACAUCGUCGACGGCGGCGAUCUCCAGCCGGCCGCUGGAAGGCGACGGCCACGUCCUGGACGAGGACUCCUGGUCCGACGUCGACUACCUCAGGGCAACCAAGAGCGGUACCUGGGUGCGUACGGCGUACCCUGCGUCGAAGGUGCUCGCGGAGAAGGCAGCGAUGGCGUUCGCGGAGGAGAAAGGCCUCAGCCUGGUCACCGUGUGCCCCGUCGUCGUCGUCGGCGGGGCGCCCGCGACCAAUGUCAAGACCAGCGUCCCCGAAGUCCUCUCCUUGCUCUCCGGCGACGACGACAUGGUGGACAACCUGGAGCUCAUCGAGAAGGCGUCGGGGUCGAUCCCGCUGGUCCACAUCGACGACGUGUGCCGCGCCGAGAUAUUCGCCGCCGAGGAGGCCACGUCGGGGCGGUACAUCGUGUGCACCCUCAACACCACCGCCGUGGCGCUCGCCCACUUCCUGGCGGCCAAGUACCCGCAGUACGAGAUCAACGACGACCGCAUUGGUCAUCUUCCUGAGAAGCCGAGGGUGAGCAUCUGGUCGGACAAGCUCAUCAAGGAGGGGUUCGAGUACAAGUACAAGAACCUGGACGAGAUAUACGACGACCUCGUCGUCUACGGCAGGACCCUGGGGCUCCUGAAAUACUGA